AUGAUCAAGGUAGCAAAUUUGUGUCAGAUUCCAGGUCCUUGGGCCUUCAAUGUGAAGAACUCUUUAGUGAUGGAGAUGAUCGAUGCAAGAAAGAUAAAGACAGAAGAAGAACUCACAGAGAACAUCGGGCUUCCCCUGAACAUGCUUGAGAAACACAACCCUUGGCCAGCCUAUGUCACAUAUGUGUCCCCGAUGGUGAAAAGACUCAUUGAGAAAAGCAAAGCUAGAGAUCUGGAAUGCAUGCAAGCACUCGAGGAAAGCCAACGGACAUCGAGGCAGAGCAAGCCAGCCAGCAUCACGCAGCUGAAAAGGAGAAAGUCAUCUAAGUGCUCUGGAAACUUGGUGUUGAAGGACUCGAGGUCAGAGACCAUGUUAUCGGUGUGGAGCUCAUACUCCAUGCCGGCCAUGGGUCCCACCACUAUCCCAGAGCCAAGGCACUUUCAUACGGAUGCCAGAGAAAAUCCUACUGCAAACUAUAACAAGAUCAUCUUCUCUCGAAAACCCAUGAUGAGGAUGCUUCCAUACAGCUCCCUUCUAGCCAGCAAGGAGAAACAUUCAAAUAUUUAG